UCUUUCAGAAGAACAGCAACAAACCCUCCUCAAACAAAAUGUUCAAGAUCAUUGCCCUGGUUGCCUGCCUGGCCGUCAUCGUGUCCGCUUACGAGGAUGCUCACCCCAAGUACAAGUACGAGUACGGAGUAAAGGACUCCAAGACCCAUGACCACAAGAGCCAGUGGGAGAGCCGCGAUGGAGAUGUCGUCAAGGGACAGUACACCGUGGAUGAGGCCGAUGGAACUCACCGCGUGGUGGACUACGCAUCGGACCACAAGGCCGGAUUCCAGGCCCAUGUCCAGCGUAUGGGACACGCCGCCCAUCCCCACGGAGAGAGCUACGCCAACAUUGACCAGCAUCACUAAGAGAAAAUGGCUUCCGGAUUGUUUGAACGAGAAAAAUGUCGCAAUGAGUAAAUAAAGUAGUAAAAUCU